AUGUCUGACGAACCUUUGCUGCUGUCGGAAGAACUGCCGUCGGUUUCGGUUCUCCAUCCCAAGGUACUUCUUCUUUCUGCCGGUUUCACGGGAGCUGCAGCUGCGUCGUACUUCUUGUAUGGCCGCUACGUUCGCCGAGUGAAGACGUAUCUUGAUCUCACGCCAGCCAUACUAGAUGGCCAGCGCAAGCUCUACGGAAAAGUCACUCGUGUCGGAGAUGGUGACAACUUUCGUUUUUUCCACACUCCAGGUGGUGUUUUACUCGGCUGGGGCUGGCUCCGCAAAAUUCCCGACACACGCUCCGGACUCAAGGACCAAACGUUGAUGGUACGUCUCUGUGGUGUGGAUGCGCCGGAACGCUCUCAUUUUGGCAAGCCGGCACAACCUUUUUCUGAAGAGGCCCUUCAGUGGCUCCAGCUGUAUGUGGGCGGCCGCAGUGUGACCAUCACGCCUUACUCCAUCGAUCAGUAUAAGCGGGUUGUCGCUCGUGCUCAGGUGUGGCGAUGGACAGGAAAGCGCGAUGUAAGCGCUGAGAUGCUACGGAACGGGCUUGGCGUAGUGUACGAAGCAAACUCUGGCGCUGAGUUUGGCGAAAACGAAGGAUGGUACCGGCGGCUUGAAGAGAAGGCUAAGCGCCGCCGGCGAGGCAUGUGGAGCUUGGGGCUGAAGUUGGUUACGCCUGGCAACUUCAAGCGCCAGUGA